UGGCUUCCGAGGCGUCGAGGAAUUGACAACCGAAAUACCGCCUUGUAAACACAACACCCCUGAAUGCAUACAUACUUUAAGCCUCCUGCCGAUUCAACACAGUCGCGCGCCUCCCGCAACUUCCGGCGAUAAAUAGGCAUCCUUUUGUCGCGAUGGCUCCGGGCUAUCGCACCAACGCCCAAACCCGCCGUGGCAACCGCGGAGCCUACCCCGAGCACGAUGAUUUCGAAGGUCUGCCCGUGCGCCAGUGGAGGCAAGAGUGGGUGAAUGUCACACCCCCGCAGCAGGUCGAGGCGCAAACGCGCAAUGAUAUCUGGGCCGUUGAACUGCCUUAUGGCAUGCCGAAGGACACACAGCUGCUCCCGCCCCAUAGCCAGGAGCUGUUGCGCGCCGCCCGCUCCGGCCGCCUGUACAAGCGCCCGGCCCCCGCCGACGACGACGACGCCGACCCGGACCCCGCCUUGGAGAAGGGGGAGAAGAAGGAGGACGUUGCCGACAAGGGCUACACGGUCAAGGUGUGGAAACAGGUGCCCAGGACCUCCGAGGGGGCCAGCGUCUCGCAUCUCGCCAAGCGGCGCAAGGACACCAUCACGCUCAAGCCCAAGGCCGAGGUGUUGCAGUUUACCGGACCUAUGAUCACCCGCGCUACCAUCCGGCGCGUCGAUGCCGCUGGGAAUCCGUACGAACAGACAAUUACUUUGAGCGAGGGACAGCCCGUCGACGGCGAAAUCGUCUCUACCAGCGUCAUCCCCGCCCCGGUCGCGCCCGUAGACGUUCAGCCACAGCAGGUGACCCCGGCGCGGAGGAAGCCUCCCCCACCGCGUAGGAAGCCCAAGGGCCCCGGCCGUGGACGCAAAAAGGGCAGGCUCCCGCUUCCCUCCAGCACAAGGCCCCCUGUUGAUGGGGCAAGCACCGACACUGCUCCCGCUGCUCCCCAAGACGGCCAGCCGGGAAACGAGCCCAUAGUUGCAGGCAUGCGGCCUGAAGACUCGCACCGGCGCGACAGCGAACCAAUGGACCAGUCGAUUCCACCAUCCGACGACGAGGAUGGCGAUGAGGGUGAUGAUGGAGAAGAGGGCGACGAAGGCACUGGGGACGUGGAUAUGGACCUUGGAAGUGACACUGCGGACCGUAGCCAGGACACGCCUAUGCAGGCCCUGGACGAACAGGUGACGGCAGGCGAUGAUGCCACGCCAUCUAUACCAUCGCAGGGAGGCAGCGACACACCCCCUAUCACUUCGAUUGAUGAGCCAGAGUCUCACAAACGGUUAUCUCCGAGCCCCCUAAACAUGGAGCUCGCGCAUGCUCCGCCGCAUAUGGAAGGGAGCCCUCUGAAAAACGUGGCCCUGGCAUCACCGGCCGGCCCGUCGCCUGCGCAGUCACCUGCCGCCAUUGGCGUAACAGCUGCUGCCCCUGGGAGCUCAGCAGAACCGCAGCAGGCGUCAGAGGGCUCAGAUGAAAUGCAAUUGUCGGAGCCAGAGCCGGCCGCGCCGAUCGCUGCCGCUACCCCCCUUAACCACGAGAUGGUCCCUGCAGUCUCCAUUACGGUGCCGUCAGCUGAGGCGAGCCAGGCGGCCGAGCCUUCAGCUAUGGAGGUAUACCUGCCCAUGGACGCAGCCCCGAAUCCCACCGCUGUACCGGCCCCGAGUCCUCCAAACGAAGUUCAGGUCUCGGAAUUGGAGAUCACAAGCAGACCAGUCUCAACGGGGGAAGACAAAUCAUCCACGCCCCCUUCAAUUCAGCCUACACAACACGAACCUGCUCCAACGGCGUCAACAGACGAGAGACCCGCAUCCCAAGAUCGACUACCGGAACCGGAUGCCCCCGUAGUGCCUGUGGAGGGUAACCCUGCGCAACCAGAGAUACAGGACCAGCCAAGCGGGCUAGGCGAGGCGGUUGCACAGGGGUCCGUGGAUGCUGUACAGGCGCUUGACGAGCCAGCAGGUGAAGCCGCUGCUAUAGAGCCCAGUCAGGAAAUAGCCGAGCCAGCGCCCGCGCCCGCAGCCGCCGAAUCAAAUGGACCUGAUGAAGAGGUGGAGACGAAGAUGGAAGAUGCCACCCCUGCAGCCCCUACGGCCCCGGUCGCCCCGGAGGCGACCGUGGAGCCCCCGCGAUCGCCGCCGCUCGAGCCUACCAAGGUCGUCGAAGACGAGGAUGAAGGGCCGGACUUCCUCUCCGGGCUCGAGGCUGAGCUGGACCGGCAGGAGGAGCUGAACCGUGCCGCCGUCAGCGCCAAGGUGGAGACGCCCGUCUCGCCCCCGACGGCGGACGCGAAGCCGGCCACAGACGUCUCCGAAGGGGAUCCGCCGGCUGCUGAUGAGGCCAAAGCGGCAGAGAAUGCGAGUACCGGCAUCGGGGAAGCCGGAACAGCGCCGGACGCGCCAUAAUUUCCCGAUGCGGGAAUUGCCGGAAGGCUUCGCCGGCGGUGAUGCCUCAGAUGGGGCAUUUAUAUAUUCUUAGAUGUCGUUUUGCCGUUCGAAGGGAGUCUUGCUCGCCCCCUUCUCCUUGUUCUUGCUACAUCUUUUUUUCCCCUCCUAUUACAGAUAUCUCUCCAAAUUCGGCAGACAGAGCCUUGUUCGCUGUCGACCUUCUUGGAUUUUCUUCCCGCGGAGGCGAGGCAGCUAGUUGCGGCGACCCACGGGCAGAGAGUGAAAAGCAGCCCCUGGCGCAUUUCCAAGUCUCGAAGUUUAGGGUGAUAUAGAUACGUACAUCGAAGCAUGUUUCUCGAAGGGGUGGACUAUACACACCCAGACUAAACCUAAUUAAGCGGCCUACAUUCCCGAUAUUUGUAGAGUCAACUUUUCAAGUACCGGGCAGCCACGCCCACUAAAAAAGCAGCAGUCUUACCGGAGGUCCUAAAGAUUAAGUGCAUAG